CUCGUUGCUUAUCUACGACAGUUUGAGAAUAUAUCGCAUUAAAAUUGACUGCAAUCAAAGACUUGGAAAUAAUGAAAUCUACAAUCUACGUUGCUCUUGUGCUGGUGUUUCUAUUUCAAUCUGCUUUGGGACAAAAUUCUGAUGACGUCAUGAGGACACCUGACGAAGAGACGAAUGAUGAAGAUAAAAAAGACGCAGGCGGCAGUAACAAGGUCGUGGUACUUGGUGUAGCUUUAUCGGCCUCUGUCAUGGUAGCCGUGGCUGGUAUAUUUAUCGGGAAAUAUUUCCACGUUGAGAAACUCCUUUGUUGUUGUUGCAAGAAAAAAACUGCCGACGAAGAAAAACUCGAUACGAAUCCGCUAGGUGACGCUGGGUGGUACGGUUCUGAUAUCAACAAAGAGUCGAACAUGUUUAUGACCGGACGCGUGAACGGAGCAUAUUCGGCAAACGAGAACUUUAAAGGAGAUGAGAAAAAAGAAGAAACAAAAAAACAAAGUGAGUCGAAGCGCUCACACGGACCCAGGCGGGCACCGGUUUUGCCCUCUUCCACGAAGCACAAGAAGUCAAAAGCGACAUCAAUGACAGUGAAUAUAGAACCGGUUGGAUUCGGCGCUUGUACAACUCACAUAGCAGCGGAUGGAUCACUUGUUAAAGCGCGAGCAGUCGAGGAGAAAUUCAACCAAACUCCUGCAACUGAAAGUCAGAUAACUAGCUAUAACUCAGAGACGAGCUAUAAGGCCGCAGCCAGUCAACAUGAUGAUAUUUUGUUUUGAUUGCUCUGUAAUUUUAGUUUAUUUAAUAUUCUUGAAGCGUUCCACUCUUUAUUGCAAGGACAGUGCAAGCUACGUCAUCUCGGCGAAUCAUAAAAGCAGCGACAAGAUGGUUUGUUGGCCACAAUAAAUGUGCAAAGUUAUUCCUGUUUAACGAUUUCUAUCCGCGGUCUGUUGUUGCGUUAAAUUGUAUCAAACCUUUAUUAAAACACAACUGCGU